AUGGCGCCUGAAGCAGCAAAGGAGCAAAGGCGGGGGGGACGGGGCGUUGGAAAACGUGACGUUCUUAAUUCUUGUUUUCAACACCGUGAACAGCGCCCGUGGGAUCGUGAAUCCGUCCUCCCUGAGAACUGGUGUGCAAGUGGGGCUGCUGCUCAUUCACACUUAAAAAGCAUGUUUCAUUUUGUGGGCGCGACUGCGCUGCUUUUCCCCCGCGGGCACGUCGGCGGCGGAGAGAAGGAGCCCGCGGGAGCCGCUUCCGGCUCCACCCACCCCCGCCCCGCGCGCGCACCGGGACCGGAGCGCGUGCCCGCCGGCCGCCGAGCGCCCGCGGGCACGAGCGGCCGAGGGCGCUCGGCCGCCGCUCGGGGAGGGGGCGGGGCCGCGGUACAGCGGCGCGCUCGGGCCCCCGGGGCUGGGUUGCCUAGGCAACAGCGGCCGAGGCAGGCCGGGCUGACGUCAGCGGGCGGCGCGCAGCCCGCACUGCGGCAGCGGGGCCCCACUCUUCAGAGCGCGCGUCGCCGGCGGUGGGUCGCGGUGGCCGGGCCGCACCACCGAGUCUCCUCCCUGGGGCGCCGGGGAGCCGCUUCGCACUGCCGGGCGGCCGCUCGGGCGGGACAGGCCGCGCUGCGCGCUCCUUCCUCUCCAUUUGGAGUCCCAAGCUGUAUUCUCUCCCAUGGAGCAGACUUCAAAUCCAGUCAAAAGUGUUUGUUUACCACCAAAAUAGUCCUGACACUACUGCACCAAGGCACAUCUUACCUGCCAGCUUGCCAUCUUAAGAGCAAUCUUCAGGAUAUCUUAGAAACUCACUCCAUCACCGGAUAACCUAGA